GGUGGAGAACUAUUGUCGAAAUCCCAACAACAGGACAAAGCCUUGGUGCUACUACACCGACCAAGACAACGAUACAACAUGGGAUUACUGCAGCAUACCAUUCUGUAACUCGGACAGCUUGUCCCACUUCAACCGAACGGUGUCCGCUACCCUGGACCUGAGCCUGGGCUUACUGGAAGCCCAGCCGUCCAUCAGUAACGCCGAGGACUGCGCCAGACAGUGCCUGGAUGAGAGCGAUUUCACCUGCCGUUCCUUCAUCUUCAACGAGAUUCAGAAGCACGUGCACCACCCGGAGGGCCACUGUUACCUGACGAAUCUCAGCGUGUACAUGCUGGAGAUGUAUCCGGAGCGGAAAGGCUCCCAGCACUAUGAUCUCUUCACCAGACUGGACACGGUUUGUGACGCGUACGAAGAGAACAGUUAUCCAGCUUCAUGUCCAUUGCCGCUGGGUGUGGCCUCCGGUGACGUCACCAACGCCCAGCUCCGAGCCUCCUCCUACAUGGACGAGAACCACACGGCGGGCCACGCCCGCAUCGGCAACCCCACCUCCUGGCGGCCCCUCCCCCAGGACCAGGAUCCCUGGCUGGAGAUCGACUUCCUGGAGCGGAUGCUGAUCACGGGUCUGCUGGUGCAGGGCGGAGGGAAGGAGCACAGUUGGGUCAAGAGCUUUACCUUACGCUUCAGCAACGACCUGUCCGCGUUCUGGCCCUACGACGAGUACAAGAGAUUGGAAAUCAAGUCCAUUGUAAUUAAAGCCAAUGGUGAGCCAGGCUGCGUGAAGCCUAUCUACCUGAACCCACCCAUCAAAGCUAGGUAUCUAGAGAUUAACCCACAGGAGUCGUACGGGGGCGUGGCCUUGCGACUGGAAGUCCUGGGAUGCCGAGAUAAUGACUGUGACUUUGCCGCUGGGAUAGCACGGGGAGACAUUCACAAUGCCGAGAUCACGGCUUCGUCGAGCGUGGGGGAUGAGAAGGGAAUACACGGCCCGGCUAACGCCCGGCUCAACCCAUUCGGCGUUCCCAGAACAGGUUGGAUACCAUCCAUGUCUGACAGCGAGCCCUGGCUUCAGGUCUACCUUCCCAGUGUUUACCUGAUCACCGGGGUGGUGACUCAGGGCUGCGGCAACUUGGACAGGUGGACCGCCCGAUAUACCAUCCGGUACUCGGCCGAUAGGAGCCUGGAAGACCUGGUAGACUACCGGAGGCUCGGGCACGUUCAGGUGUUUGUAGGAAACAACGAUCGCAACACCCUCAAGAGGAACAACUUGGAUCCGCCCAUUCGAGCCGAGGUCUUCAGGAUCUAUCCACAGACCUCCCCAGACGUGCACGUGGACUCCUGCUUGAGAUUCGAGUUACUUGGGUGCAAGUAUCGAGCUUGUGGGAGUCGACUUGGGAUGGAGUCCGAGCUCAUCUCCUCCUCACAGAUCACCGAGUCCUCGGAAUACGUCGGGCAGGACGGCGAUGUGGGCCGCCUGCAUCACAUAGCUUGCUGGAAACCAAAUGGCAUGGGGAAUAACCACUGGAUACAGGUGGAUCUGCUGGAGCUUUAUACAAUUACCGGCCUGAUUACGCAGGGAGGUUACAAUAAUGCUUUCUUAGGGGACCAGGAGGUGUUUUACUGGCCUGAUAGCUACAGGGUCCUGUAUACCAGCUGGAAAGACGACAGCGAGUGGAGGACGUACUUUAACCUGGAAGGAGAUGUCAUGGAUUUUCCGUCUUAUCCCGAUCCCCACACCGAGAUGAGACAAGACUUUGACCGGCCGUUCAUCACGAGAACAAUCCGGCUCAUCCCAAGGUCCUGGAGAGGUUACUGUCUGAGAAUGGAGAUACUUGGAUGUAGGCUCUCCGAGGGUCAGGUUUGUGGAGAGGCAUCUCUUCUCCACGACGGCUUUUGCGUCGGCUCGGUCAACACCCAGUCCAGCGGGGCGUGUGACGCCAUCUUCGCCGAGGCUAGCCAGCCAUUGACCAUCAACUCCCUAGCAACACAACAGUGGCUUGGGCUCAAACGGGACGAUAUUAAAGUCAACGACAGGCAUUACCAGUACAAGGUCGGCUUGAAGACCGAGCUGGAAGGGGAGGUGUUCACGUGGGCAGACGGCACACCUAUGACUUACAAUAACUUCAGGUGGCCCACCAACAUCACGGAUAACAGUACGGAGUGGUGUGUGUACAUUGACAUGAACGAUGACCUGCGAUGGAGGGAGUUCAAGUGCAUGAAUGACGCUGUGCCCAGGGCAACCAUUUGUCAGCUAGAUGUGGAUGAAUGCACGACUAGCGGGCACCUCUGCUCCCACACCUGCUCCAAUUUUCCAGGUGGUUUCCAGUGUCUCUGCCCGCGGGGAUACCGACUGAACGGCAUGGACGACAUCGCCUGUACAACACUAUGCAAGGACAAACCACCGGGGCAAGUGUUUCAAAAUACCUCGACUGAUUGCUUAUCCGAUCCGUACGGCCUGGGCUGCCUGGACCUAACCAUUCCAGAUAUCGACAUCGGCUGGCCCGACUUCAGCGACCAACAGUGGCCCGAGGAAAGCUACGACCACGUGUCCGGUAGCGCCCUUUCAACUGUGCCGACUUUCCCGCUGUUGGAGAGCACGUGUAACCGCGAUGUAGCUGACGUCCGAUGCGAGGAGAUGUGGGCGCGGAAUGUCAACUUGGAAUACGUCUACUCCAAACACGGCUACAUCCAUUCACUCAGCUUCCCACCGUGGUACAACCAAGCUUCCACGUGCCAGAUCAACAUCCAGCUACCGCCUGGAAACUUUAUCAGGCUGGAAAUUCACGAGAUGGUCCUCCGCCGUAAGCCGCGAACCGCUCGCUGCAUCGACGUCCUGAACGUCACCGAUCAUCUGACACCUCACCACUCCAUGUCACGUGGCUCCUUCUGCGGGGACCUGCGAGACUUGGUGGUCACGUGCCGGUCAAACAACGUCACGCUGAGGCUGGAUAUAGGCGCCAUCGGCCAGGACAUGCCCAAGAAACUCGGCUUCAUGGCGUCCUAUAGUAUGACGGAUUGCACGGGAUCAACAGCUGGAUGUGACCCAGGCUGCGGCAAGAAGGACGUCCUAACCUCAUCAAAGGGGAACUUCUCCACGACUGACUUUCCGUCUGAGCUGCCUCCAUUCUCCAUCUGUGCAUGGAACAUCAGCCUGCCGGCCGGCUCCUACAUCGCCCUCAACUUCUCCGAGUUUCUGAUAGCCGAGGACGAGGACAGCUCGGAGUGUGUUGACUUCGUUCAGAUAUUUCUAAGCGAUGACAGCGGACCGUACGAAGACGCCCCUGCCGGCCAGCCUAUGUGCGGUUCCACGCCGUCUUUCAUCGUAUCCAACUCGUCUUCCAUCCAAGUCGUGUUUAGGACCGGAUUAGACUCCAAAUCGUUGGGAUUCAUCGCGGAGUAUGAAAGCACAGAUAUUCCCGGUUGUGGCAUCGGUUUCUACAGUGGCGAGGGUAUCCAACGCUGUGAUAUGCCCGAGGCAGCCAUUGCGUCAGUCAACUACCCAAGACACUACCUCCCCGGUACAUCCUCAGUGUGGCACAUCACCACGCAGACUGGCACCUACAUCGAGCUGGAGUUCGUCACCUUCGACGUGCCGGAUCCCUUCGGCAUCUCCUCCUUCGUGCAGAUCAACGACGGGGCGCCAGACGACAGGGGCAGUAUGCUUCUGGCCAAGCUGACCAAUAGGCGACCGCCACGUGGUCCAAUCCGAUCCAGUUUCAAUGAGAUGACGGUGCGCUUUCGAGGCGACGGUUCUGUGACAGGAAAUGGAUUUUACGCCGAGUACAGAGCUGCGGUCUUCGUACCAAAAGUGGAUUUAUAUCCAAGCAGUACAAACAAUAACAUCUGCCAAUCAGAUUGGAGGUACUAUAACGGCCAGUGUUACGCGUUCAGAGAGGCCAAUCAUUCCAUACGAUGGACGGACGCCCAGCGUCUCUGCGCCGCUGAGGGCGCUAAUCUCGUCAGCAUCAACGACUUCGCGGAAAUGAACUUCAUCCACCGCUUGAUGACCUCUGAUUGGUUGACCAACAAUUUUAAUACGUACAUAGGUUUAAGAUAUCACCAUCAGCGGCAACAACAUCGGUGGCAGGACGAGAGCCCGAUGAGCUAUGCGGAUUGGUAUAUUCCAAGAAGAAUCGAACAUGGUCUAAUGACGACACCAUCUCUCAUGAUGAAUUCCGCUCCCCAGCCGGAUGGUGGCGCCCUUGAGCGGUGCUCUCAGAUCAUUCUGCGCAAUCUCCAUUCCACCAGCCACUGGCAUGACGUGCCAUGUGCGUCCAAAAAUUCCAAUCAGUUUAUCUGCGAGAAAUCUUCUUAUCGAGGUCAUUUGCCGUUGACAUCUGGGGAAAGUCUUGAACAAUUAUCAAAUGCAGCACUUUGCGAUGACAAGUGGACGCUGGUACACGGCCACUAUUGCGUCAAACUCCUACUAAACAGGAGUACCACCUUCCUUAACCGUUGCCCGGCAAACUCCAGACUGGCGACAGCUGUCUAUCCAAAUAUUGCUGAGAAGUUGCCGUACUUAAUCGAGUACGUCUGGGGACAAGACCCCAGCGCCGAUAUGAGGUUUCUGAUUGGUCCGCGUGGUGAAGGCGCAGACCAGGCGUAUGACGUCAUAACAUGCGUCGACGGUCAUUGGAGGAAAGUCCACGAGCGGGUUGCCAGGGGAGUCGACGGGGCCAUUUGCGCCACGGAGGCAACAGUGGAAGCUUCUGGAUGUCCCACUAAUAUGUUUACGUGUGGAUCUGGGGAGUGUCUUCACCGCGUGUUCGUUUGUGAUCACCGCAGCGACUGCCUGGACAACAGUGACGAGGACUCAUGCAGUAAUGAUGUUGAGAUCGCCGACAGCGUGUGCACUAAUACCAGCUUUCGCUGUGGAUCGGGUGAAUGCAUCUCACUGUCCUUCUACUGCGAUUUCUACCCGCACUGCCAGGACACGUCGGACGAAACAAACUGUAGUAUAGUGACAUGCACCGACCUGGAAUUCCGCUGCAGUAGCGGACAGUGCAUUAACAAAGAGCUUCACUGUAACUUAGUGGAAGACUGCGUGGACGGAUCAGAUGAGGAGAACUGCGCGGCAGUUUUGGGCGGGUUCCAGUGCUACGACGGGGCGUGGCUUCCGGACCACACCCACUGUGAUGGGACAAAGGAUUGCCCUGGUAACAACAGAGAGGACGAGCCAAACACUGAUUGUGUCUUUUUUCAGUGCAAUUCCGAUCCGGAUCUGAUUCAGUGUAACAACGGCGCAUGCGUAGACAGACGUCACAUCUGCUUUUACGACUUCGAUCAAUUUGGCUACCAGACAGGUUGUCGUGACGUCACGCACCUACGAUUUUGUGACGAUUUCGAAUGCAGCAACAACACGUUCAAGUGUCCGGGAUCGUACUGCAUUCCUCUCCAUCGCCGCUGUGACGACACCAAGGAUUGCCCCGGGGGCGAGGAUGAGAUCGGAUGCUCUAACCACACCUGUGCGGGCCACUACCGAUGUCACGACUCGCGUGUCUGUGUCACCAAGUCGCACGUGUGUGACGGUAUUAAAGAGUGCCCGUCUGGUGACGAUGAACUAUUCUGUGAGACGAAGUGUCCAGCUGGCUGUUCGUGUACCGGUCUCUCAUAUGCAUGUACCGGGGUCAGUUGGAGUGACGUCACGGCAAACUUGAUACCACGGAACGUCCGUAAACUCGAGUUGAGAGGAGUGUUGGCAGUCACCAGGCGUCGCAGGGAAGUCUUACUUAACAAUAACGUUUCCGUUGAGUACACCUUGUUUCUACCGUUGGUGGAACUGCAACAGCUAGCCGAACUGGACCUCUCCGGAAACGGCAUCGAUGUGUUGACACCGGGAAUGUUUACGAAACAAAAUAACUUAUACAAAUUAGUUCUUGCCGACAAUAACAUCAGAAAGCUGGAAAAUGGAACCUUUGAGGGACUCCGCCGGCUACAGUUUCUAAAUUUAACGGGAAACCCACUGGCUGAAAUAGCUUCGGGGGCAUUUCUGGAUGUGGUCAUGCUUCCUGUUUUAGAUCUUGGACAGUUAAAACUGCGUCAUUUGCAGCCGGGCGUAUUCAAGGGACUGGAUACUUUGGAAGCACUGAAUGUGAGAGACAACCCAUUGACAGCAGUGGACAGUGGAGCAUUUUACGGACUUAAGGUGACUCAUACACUGGAUAUCCGCGGGACUGAUAUAGCCAAGGUGGACCCCGAGAUGUUUGAAGGCCUGGACAGUUUACAAACUUUGUACGCCGACAAGUACCUGUUCUGCUGCCUCCUGCGUGACAUUGACACCUGCGAGGCGCCCAUGGACGAGCUUUCCUCCUGCGAAGACCUGAUGCGCAACCCCAUCCUCCGUGUCUUCAUCUGGAUCCUGGGCUUCAGCGCCUUGGUGGGCAACGCCUUCGUCAUCGUCUGGCGCAGCCGGAGCAAGGACCGCGAGCAGUCGCGCAAGAUCCAGACCUUCUUGAUCCUGAACCUGGCGGUGGCGGAUCUGUUGAUGGGGUUGUAUAUGAUUGUGAUUGCCAGCGCUGAUCUGCAUUACAGGAGCGAUUACAUGAUUCAUGCUCAAGAGUGGCAGGAGAGCAUCGUCUGCCAGAUGGCGGGCUUCAUCUCCGUCCUCUCCAGCGAGUCCUCGGUAUUCCUCCUCGUUCUCAUCACCACCGACCGCUUCCUGGGAGUGGUCUUCCCCUUCAGCCGCUGGCGUCUCCACACCAAGUCCUCCCGCUACGCCGUGGCCUGUCUCUGGUUUCUAGCCUUCUUCCUGAGCCUGCUGCCCGUGGUACUCCGGCCGGCGUUUGGCGACCGGUUUUACGGUCGGUCCAGCGUCUGUCUGGCCCUGCCGUUUACUCGGACCAAGCUGCCUGGCUGGGAGUACUCGGUGGUGUUGUUCCUGGGAGUCAACUUGCUGGGGUUUCUUGUCAUCUUCAUAUGCUAUUUUUCCAUGUAUAUUGCCAUCAAGAGGGCUUCCAAGCAGUGCACGAGAAAGCGCGAGAACAUGGAAGAAAUCAAGAUGGCGACCAAGAUGGGCAUCAUCGUGGGCACCGAUUUCUUUUGUUGGAUGCCCAUCAUCAUCAUGGGUUUGCUGUCUGUAUCAGGCACGGCGAUCAUUCCACAAGAGAUGUAUGCCUGGGCCGCCGUCUUCAUGCUGCCUGUCAACUCUGCUGCUAAUCCUUAUUUGUAUACAAUCUCAAGUCUCGACAGAAAAAGAAAGAAAGCAAGAACGUCCACGUCAUCGCCAACAUGGAAGACAGAGUGUACACGUGACGUCAGUGUAGAUUUUGAAAUGGUGAAAUAUGCCAAAGGAGACGGUAGUUCAAAAGAUAAAGAUAACCCAUCUCUUAUGGCCACAGUCUACGCGGAGCAGCUAGAGAACCGAGUUUUACCGUUCAUGGGUCGGCGCAUCCACUCCUUCAUGCUCAGGCAGUACAUCGCGCAGGCCAAGACACCGCUAGCCGUGUCGGUCGUGGCUGCUAUCGAGAACGACUUGAGGAGGGCUUUGGAGUUCCUGCACAAGAACGGCAUCGCUCACGGCAAGAUAGACGAGGACUUUGUCGCCAUUGAAAAGGAGAAGAAAGACGGGCGGGUGGCCUUUCUCGUCAUGCGAGGGGAGCCGCUAGACGCUGAUGAGAGCAGCGGGAGCGGCAACUCAUCCCCCGUCGAGGAGGAGGUGCCUCUACUCCGCCGAGACAACCGUCAGCUGGACGAGCUACUGGCAAGACUCCGGGGGUCACACUGAUUCAAAGUACACAAGACAAGGCUUGUCUAGUCAAGAUGGACCAGAAAUUCUGUGAAGGACAUUUUAGGCCUAAAUUCUCUGUAACUCAGUCACAUUGACUCAGUCAGUCAGUGACUCGGUCGGAGGAUAACAGGCUUGCCCUUCGGGUCCAACAAAAAAGGAUAUCACGAUGAUCAUGAGAUAUCCCACUGGAUCUGCCGACUCUGCCAUGAAAGGCAGAGCGUUAAACAAAAUGUUGGAACUCUUUAACGCCAUGCACAAUUUUUGACAAGUAAUUCCUUUACUUUCUCAACGGUGAAUUUACACACCAGUAGGCUGUACUUGUUUCCACGUGCCAUGUUUGCAGCUUCAAUACAGAAAGCGAAUGCAUUUUACUAUUUUGUAAAUGGUCCUGCGUAAAUGGUCCUGACUUUAAAAGCAGAAUUGACGUUGCACAGUCUUUAUUUUUUUCACUGAUGAUUUGAAAUGGGAACUUUUCAUACCCGAAUUUGCACGAGGCAACUUUUCCGAGAAGUCAUCAAGUGACUACUUAUUUUUCUGGCAGAGAAUGCCAAUUGCAGAUUUGAAGGUCGUGUCUUUUUAUUGUUAAAAUUCAAUUUCAUGAAUAUUAAACAUAGGCCUAUUGCAAUAUACGACAAUGAUUCCAAACUCGGUGUGCGUUAUACACUUAUGCCUAUUUUCCAUUAUAUUGUAAAGGCAUUUUGUAGUAUAGUUUUGCGUUUUGCAAAACAAAUGGUUCAAAAAUUGUAAGAGAUGGGAGUAUAGGUUUGGAAUUGAGUGUGGAUGGGUCGAGAGUUUUGAUGCUUGGUUGGUAUUCAGGGGAGAGGUGAUGUGAUGUGAUGUGAUGUGAUGUGAUGUAUUGAGGAAAGUUUUAAGAAAAGGCGAGUUGGAAGAGGCAGAGAUAAUGAAUGAGAGCAAGUAUUUAUAAAAAGGAGGUGAUGUAAAAAAAAGAAAAUAGUGAAAGAGAGACGGGCAGCCUGGUACGUAAUGGAUAAAGUAGAGUGAGUUGUGAAAUCAGAUGACUGUGAUACAGAGAAGCAAUGUGGAAAGGCGGGCGAUGCACGAGAUGUUUUCAAUGUUUGCAGUGAUUCGUUUUCAUGUUUUGAGGUGAGAGAGGUCGUGAUGGUUGUCAAAGGUUGAUAAAGUGGAUGGUCUCCGAGCUGAGAGUAAGGGGACAUGAUGAGGUCUGAUUGAAAGUGCAAAUGUCUCGGUUCGUAUCUGAAUCUUUUUAAUGCAGUUAAUCAGAACGCUUUCAAAAAACCAACUGUGCAUAUAAAAGAUGGACAUUGGAAGCUUAAAAAUAUAUCAGAGAGAAGUAUUCCUUGCACAAAUAGCCUUUUACAAUAACGUACAAUGCCAACUACAUACAAGCAGCUGAAACUAAAAAUAUAAGUUCCCGUAAACAGUGUCUAAACACAAAUGUCUCACGUAUUAAGGCGCAAGUGCAAUAUCUUGAGUGCAAUGUUUAAAGUUAGUACAAAACGGGACGCGGCAGAAGCUGCAAAAUGCACUAUAUUUGCAUGUAUUUUGCUACAAAAAGGGUGGGUUUAAGAAGAAGAAAAUGUGUUUUAUUGUCGAUGGACACUAAUUACUGCAAUUUAAGUGCAAUUCAGCUAUUAUGCAGUAUUUGGUGUAAAUAAGAAAAACAGUGUUUUAUAUACAUGUAUACCAACAAAUUAGUAAGUAGAUUUUGACUUGGAAAGUGGAAACGAUAUUAUGAAACAUUUCAGGGGAAAAGAGUAAUGUUUAUAUGCUAGUGUAAUGUUAAUGAAAGUUCCCGCGGCCUAUAUGGAAACGUAAUUUGGAGUGCCUCGCGAGCAUAACUAACGAACAACAUGAUGAAAUAAUUUGUUGAAGAAUGAAUAAUUUUGUUAAGGUAUUUGGAUGUUUCUUUACAGCAGGUGCUCUGUAAAUGUAAAGUGUAAUUAAUAAAAUGAUUGUUUUAAUAUGCAUGACUUGUAGUUAUACGUGUAAUUAAAAAUUUUAUUUAGUACUACUUUUGCAGAUGUCAGAAAUUUCAUGCAUGUACGAUUCUAAACUUGACAAUUCAGUACUUGUUCGUUUGUUAAAGUUAAUUUAACUGCAGAUCAAUUUUUUAUGCAUUAUCAAUUUAGUCAUUUGACUUUGACCUUUCUUGUGUAUAUCUGUCUCUAAGUCUUGCAGAAACUUAUACUGUACAUUUAGAUGGAGAAUGAGAGAGGCGUUAUUUUGCAAUUAUAAUCAAUUAUAAAUCAGAAAACACGCUUUUCACUUUGAAAAGCGCAACUUGUACAAUAUCAAUGAUUUGUUAAAUAAUGCAAUAUAAAGUUAACUUUAUCUGCUUACAUCGUGUAAAUACAUAUACAUGUACAUUAAAAUUGCCAAAACAAAAUCAA